AUGGACAGCGGGGCCCGGCUCCCGCCCGUGCAGGAAGCUGGGGCAGGCUCUCAAGGGGCCAGUGAAGCUGGGGACGAUUUAACGAGACUCUCCACCUGGCGGUUCUCAGUAGCCGUUCUGGUGGAGACUGGGGUCGGUGAGACAGGCCUGCUCAACCGCGAGCACAUCGGAAGCCUUGCCAGGGACUUGGUGGCCCAUUGCAAGAAGGUUCCUGUGGAAGGAAACACUGACGCUGACAGAAGGGACUCGGAGGAGAGCGAGUCCUCAAAGUGCCCCAGGGAUUCUCUUCAGGAGAAGUUGGAGAUGGAGGGAGACCAGCCAGCACCCUGCAAAGAAGCGGUCAGUCGCCCAGCGCACAGCUCUGAGCGCAGACAGAAGAAACACGGAGAGUCCUCAGAGCUCGAGAGGCCCCACCGUCGUGAAAGGAGAGAGGGAAGGACCAGCCAUGGAGUUUUGCCUGCUGACUCUUCAAAGUGGGAAUCUUCAGGCGACGGCUGGUCCCCUCCAUCAUCCACGGGUCCUCAUCAGACGCGCGGGGACCAUCACAGACGCCCGACCAACGCCCACAUGACAUGCCAGAGGCCUGGAGAAGGCCACACCAAUGCCUCUCGGGACCGACGGGGACCCAGUGACAAACGACACCUGGGGACAACCCAGGGGAGAGGUGCCGUGAGUAAAAGCGAGGAGCACCCACCUUCCCACAAGGACAAAUGCCCGGGUGCCAAGGGGCGUGAGAAAUCCUCUGCUUUGAUCAGCCAGAGAUCACACCAGGUCUUCUCCAGAAAGAAAAGCCCAAGACCUCUCUCCUGGGAGGGCGCUGGGGUCAAACUGUCCCCUCGUAGUGUCAAGGAGAAGGAAGGAGAGGGCCGCGGCUUCCAGUUUUCGCCUCCCUCGGAGAUGGCCUCAGACAAGCUCCCGAAAAAGCGAAAGAGCAACCACUCAGAGAAAACCCAAUCGGACAAAGACAAGCGACAGCAUCUAGACAGCUUAGACGCAGGAAAGAGGGCAGGGGCCCUGCUGCCGGAAGGCCAAGAGAAGGUUGCCGACAACCUCCAGACCCAAGAAGGGAAAGUCAAAACUUCUCAUCGGGAUGGGACGCCGGCGGGCUCCCUCCCUGACACGGAGGAGGCAGAGAUGGAGGAGGAAUUCGAGCCGCCCACCAUGCCUUUUGAGGCAUACCUCACCUACGACCAGCCGCCCCGGAAGAAAAAGAAAAAGAUUGUGAAGAUUUCAUCCACAGCACUUGAAGGAAAAGGACUUAAGAAAAAGGAUUCUAAGAGCGCUAGUGAAAACUUGGACUCGGUUCAGGAAUUACCUAAGGUGAACGCAAACAAGUCAGAGAAGCCGCAGCUGUCUGGAGCGCAUGGGGCCAAAUUGAAAAAGGUCCCCGCUGAUGCGUCAUCCGUGUUGCCAGACCUCUGGCUGCCCAGGGUCCAGCCGGGGUACCGUCCACUUCCAGCCUUUGAAUUGAUGUCCUCCUCCCAGCUGAAGCAAAGAGCAGAAGAGGAAGAAGCUGGGUUUGCCACGCCCAGAGUGAACUCGAAGAUGCAGGUGUUCUCUGGUUCCAAGUGGACCUGUCUCCGCAAAAUGAUGACCUUACGUCAGCAGUGUAUCCUGGUCCUUAGAAACAACCUCAAUUCACUCCUUCGAGUGGGAGGAGUCCCGUAUUCUGUUCUCCAACCCGUUUUGGAGAGUUGUACGCCUGAUCAGCUGUAUCGCCUAGAGAAAUACAAUUGUGUGCUAGUUAAAGAAACCGAUCAAUUAUGGAAACUGCAUUGUCACCGGUACUUUAAGAAAGAAAAGCCAGAAGAGCUUGAGUCCUGGCGGGAGAUGUACCUGCGGCUUCAGGAUGCGCGACAGCAGCGGCUCCGAGCACUGACACUGAAGAUCCGAUCUGCACAAGCCAGUAGGCCCAAAGGCCGACAGACAAAGAUGAUCGUUUUCAACUCGUUUGAAAGAGGAGGAGCAGCUCUCCAGGAAAAAGGCGAGACCAAGCCAGCCCCCUACCCCACAGCAAGCAGCCGCGCUCGCUCCAGUAGUGCGGGUGGCCACGGCUUCCACCCCACCCCUGAGAAGCUGGCGAAUGCCUGCCCAAGCACCAGCAGUGUGGUGCUCAGCAGCAGCAGGAAGCCUGCAAAGCCGAUUGCCCCAAUGAUGGCCAAGACCAUUAAAGAUUUCAAGAACAGAUACUUCCGACGAUGA